AUGGUCUUCUGUAAGAGGAGGCUUAACUUGCUGUCACAUUCCGAUGGGGACACCAAGGGGACGAUGACCCCAGGCACAAUCUCGCCGGACGGCACCGGGAGUGGCGGCGCAGCCGGUGGUGGCGUCCUCGGAGAGGACACCCGAGCGACGGAUCCUGGACACAGCCCUGGUGCCGGCCAUGCCGCCACCAACAAUGGGGUUGGGAGGAAGUUGCUUGGUGUUGAUGUGUAA